CAGGGUAAAUUUCCCUCCCGCGUUUCCAUCUUUAAUUUUUGUUUCUUUUUUUCUGUGCGCUCUAUUUGUCUGUGCAUUUAUCGGUAGUAUCCGAUAUCGCGUUUUUCUCGUGUGGAUUUUCUGGAUUAAAAUCCUUUCAACGUCGUCCCGCUUACCCGCGCACACGGUUCGACCUGGCACAGUUGACCGUUUUCCGGCACCAGGUCCGUCCCGUUGCGCUGCAUUCGUUCGCUGGGCCUGCGAGCCGCCCACGACCAAGGUAGGCCUAUCAACCUUACCUUCCCGACCUGGCCUGUCCUUGGACCACCGUAUACACCUUGUCUUUCUUUUGACACACCCCGUGGAUUCCGCACUCUGACUACACUGCCCGCCGUGAUCCCUUGAAUUCUUUUUUGUUUUUAUUUUUUUUUUAAAAAAAAACCCCUUCAAAGCCCUCUUCUACGAAAAUACAGUAUAGCUACUACGUCUUCCUACAACCCCCUCAGCAUACCCAUAUCUCUCAGCUACGUCUUCCCUGCCGAUCGGUCAGUUGUGUUUGCCAGGCUCCCUAACAACCUACCCACAAUUGGUACUUUUACGAAGUAGCUUUCAAUUGUAGCCCACGUCGAUCGGUUACUUGUCCGACACCUGCCUUGCCUUGCUCAGAUCAACCAGUCGCCAACAGGGCUUUACCCCGGCUCAUUGCUUCCUUCCCAUAUCGGCAACUGCUCUCCCGUUCCCGGCUCGGAAGUAGCUUGUAUUGUCCACACAUACCUAGCGGCGACCCUCGCAGUUCUCCCAUCCCCCUCACUACCCAGGUAAUCAGCCCCAACCGUCAAGUCAGAUCCGUGGCCAACGCCUUGACCGGAUACUCGCCUCAAAAUACGUAGUAAGUGUUGGACUUGAGCUGUUACUUUGCUUCAUCUCUGCUGUUCUUGUUUUCGUCUCUGUGUUGUGAUUCGGUUGCCGCCACUCUCGGUUACUAGUGUCAAAAGAGCUUGCUGGCUGUGUGGAGGGCUGUGAUGUGAGGUCUAAAAGCAGUGGUUGAAGUACCUGAACAAUGGUGACCAUCUCAUCCUCUGUGUGAAGAUCCGCACAAAUCUGUCCCAGAUUGGCAUGAGCAUGGAACUUUUCCUUUAGUUGUUUGCGUCUGCCAAGAACUCACAUCUUUACGGUUGUUUGAUGUCGGAGGAGGAGGAGGAGAACAAGAAGACCAAAGUCGUGGGUCGGUGUGAAGUGUGCUUUUUUUUUAUCCUUUUUCUUUUUUUUUCUUUUUUUUUUGUUUUUGAGCCGCUCACCUCCUGUCCCUUGCCCCCUUUACCCCUUUACCCCCUUACCUACCUACCUACCUACCUACCUACCUCAUACCUUGUUAUUUCUGACACCUACAGCAUCCUACUAUCGCUCCACUUACCUCUCCUACCGAUCUUUUGGCAUUACAUUACACUAUUAUAUUCGACCUGGUCACGCGCAUCCUCUUGACUCCAUCACUGCCUUAGCGAAAUCGCAGUCCUACUUCCCACCCCCAAAAAGCACACCCACACAUACUUACCUACUACGCAGCAACGUUCUAUUUUUUCCUCGUUAUCUUUAUUCGAAGCACCUCGAUCGACUUCAUUCUUGAGCUGCAAGUCAUUUCUAUAUACUUUUCUUUGCUGUACUGGACUACGUCCAGUGAACUGUCACGCCAGUGCAGUGCGAGUUUGUAUACAUCAGUCCCGGGAGGCUUGCUAGCAGAGCGUACACGAUGUACUCUGUAAAGGACUCUGAAAAGUCCGAUUCCGAAGAAAACGCCGACAAGAUGCCCGAUUUUGGAGCCCAUGUCGACAGCACGACGUUCGAACAGAUCCUGGAAAUGGACGAAGAUGAGGCCGAAAGGGAUUUCAGCAAACCUUUAGUCAUGGGAUUCUUUGAACAAGCAGAGGAGACUUUUGAAAAAAUGGACAAGGCCCUGAAAGAUCGUGACUUGAAAGAGCUUUCGAGCCUUGGCCACUUCCUCAAGGGUUCAUCCGCCACUCUGGGCUUUACAAAGGUCAAGGACAGCUGCCAAGUGAUUCAACAGUACGGAAACAAGCUGAAACUAGACGGCACUGAGGAGCCAAGCGAGGAUGUGUGCUAUGAGAAGAUCGAUAAAGCACUUGUGGAUGCCAAGAAGGAUAUGGAGAGUUUGAAGAAACUUCUCAAUGAGUUUUUCGUGAUCGAUCCUUAGAUUCAAGAAACUUCAAACGAAAGACAGGCCUCGCGUCCGGUUUCUGAAGAGGUCGCUGGCACGUCCUGGAUAUCGCAUUUUCCCCCCGAAGUUGCAGCAUUAGAAACGAGGGCUGUUUCGAGGGGAGCACAGCGCCGAGGACCAAAGCUGGCACGGCUUGGAGAGGGAGUGAAGGAGGUGGAAGGGAAUCAAGGACUCUAUGCGAGAGUCAUCAAUGACUUUUUUGGGUGGCUUUACCAUUCCUUGAGCUCAGUUGUUGCAAUUCAGCGUCAUUCGUUUAUCAUUUGUUAUCAUUCAACCGAUUACAUGGCUCCAGGGGCAAUAUCAUAGUGACACCACGCACGGCUCGCCGUGAUUUUUUUUUUCCACGUCGAUAAGUGGCUUACUUAUUUUUGGGGGCAACGAUAAGAAUGGUCCUGGACAUGGCAUUGACUUUUUUUGACUCGCUCAGAACCUUUAGGAUUACAUUUGACUAGAACUACCUCAGGUAGAUACUUAUAUACUUGCCAAGAGUAUCGGAUGACACUCGGAGUGUAAGUUAAUUACAUGGGCUUGGGCAAGUUUAGAUGGCGUCGCUUUGCUAGAACUUGCGAGAAGGGAAAGGCCUAAAAAAAACACUCAGCAAAGAGACGAGCAAACACUAGAACUAGUAGUAAUCAGACUUGAGUUGAUAAUUCAAAAGCAUCGGUAGCCGUUGUGCUCGGGGCGAAGACCAG